CUUCCCUCCCCGGCGGGACCGGGGGCUGCCGGGAGUCGGGUGACGUCAGCGGGUAAGAUGGCGGAGGCUGCGGCCGUAUCUCCGCUCCGCUUCUUCUGUCACUGCUGCAAGGGCGAGGUCUGCCCCAAGCUGCCGGAAUACACGUGCCCCCAGUGUGAGUCGGGUUUCAUCGAGGAAGUCACCGAUCAGACCAGUUUCCUGGAUGGCAGGACCAACGGAUUGGACGAAGAUUCAGCCACACAGUUUGCAGAGCUGUGGGAUCGCACUUUCCUGAACCUGGACCAGACGUUCCUGCUGGUGGACGGGAGGCCGCUGCGUGGCGGUGCUUCGCUGGAACACGAUGGCGGGGGACUGGACCGGGGUGGACAGCAGGGUGAUGUCUGGGGUCCCGGCCGGCAUGCCAGGCUACCCGUGGCCAGGAGGUAUCGGUCCAGGGCUUCCUCCCGGCCUGAGAGGUCGCCGGCCAUCGAGGGAAUAAUUCAGCAGUUAUUCGCCGGGCUCUUCUCCAACGCUGGAAUCCCAGGCUCUCCAACCUUCUCUUGGGAUAGGUUACUGCACUCGAAUCCUGCCGAUUACGCCUGGGGACAGAGUGGGCUCGACGCCGUGAUCACACAGCUCCUGGGCCAGCUGGAGAACACAGGACCUCCUCCUGCCGACCGGGACAGGAUCGCCGCACUCCCCAUCGUCACCGUGUCCCAGGAACAGAUUGAUUCUGCCCUCGAGUGUCCGGUUUGCAAAGAGGAUUACCUCCUGGAGGAACAGGUCCGACAGCUGCCCUGCCACCAUCUCUUCCACAACGAUUGCAUCGUCCCCUGGCUAGAAAUGCACGACACUUGUCCGGUGUGCCGCAAGAGUCUGAACGGGGAAGUCACCACAGGUCAUCAGCAAACUUCAGAGCAGCUGUCCGGCAGCUCGGUGGGCAGGGAAAGCGGGCGGCGAGAUCCCUGGGCGUACUGAAGGACUCUUCACGGAGCACUUUGCAACCUGACUCCCCCACCCCUCUGCACAACUCAAUCAAUACUAUUGUAAAUUAUAUAUAUAUAUAUAUAUAUUAAAGAAUCAAGAGGGCGGGGUUUAACUCGGAGCGGUGUCUCCUGGGCUGUCGGAGGUCAGGGCAAGCCACGCUGUGAAUCCUGCGUGGGGUCGGCCUGCUUCUCAAUGGUUGCACUAAACAAAUGGCUCUCCACACAUUCUGUUCAGACCUCCCCCUCCCUCUCUGCUUGAAGCCACGGAGAAAUUAACUCUUGAUUCUGCAAGAAGGGAAAUUCCAAGCUCGUUGGAAUUGGCUAAGAUUCAGAUGGGGUCAGCUGGAAGGGCUGGAGUUCUCCCGAGACACUUUACACAUCUGGUUGGCUUCCUAGGAUGAUGUCCUCCAACCACCACUGGCCCAUCAGCCCAGAACUAGGUGCUUGAAGACUGGGAGGAAGGGUGGUAAUUCUUUUAAUCAAUCCCCCCUCCCCCUUCCCUCCAGUGUUCCACCCUGGUCUGAGUGCCCUAUACUCAGUGUGUGUGGUAGGAAGACCCUCUUUGGCCACAGGGGUCCUUUCUGGGAUCAGGAGAGGCUGUUCUGCCCGAUUUUUGCUGCUGUCCCACUAGGAACUGUCUCGUUUCUCAGGGCAAAUGGAAGGCGAAAUGGCCUGAAUAUCUUGGACCCCUCUCUCUUGCCCGCUUUAUGGGCAGGUCUGCUGAGAUUCCGGAGGUGGCUUGGAGCUGGGCUCUGUAGUGGAAAGAAUGGUCCAACUUCUCUUCCUGUGAAAGGGUGAUCCUCCUCGGGCAUUCCCCCGACUCCCUAUCUCCUUCCCCUCCCUCCCAGUAGUGUGUUACCAGGGAGGCUUGUGGUCACAGAUCCCAGUAUAUUUCCCCCACACUCAAAGUAUUACUGAGCCCCCAAAGUAGGCUGCUUUUUGAUACAAAAGGGCCACUGUUUCAAGAUGCAGUAUUCUGUGUGUUGGGGAGAGAUAGGGCCUCGAACAAAGCCAGCAAGGUGAUGACAAAAUGGUUCUUGGGUUACAGCACCAGGUUCCCAAUCCUCUUGUGUCAGUUCUAACUCUAAAUUUUAUGCAGCUGAAAUGUGAAAUGUUGUGUGGUUUAAUUAAAACCUUGAAUGCAAGUCCACUGCCCUGCAGUGACCAGGGUUGGUAUGUAGUCAGUGCCAACUUGGGCCGGGCCUGGAACGUGAUGAAGGGAUCAGGAUGUUGGGGGUACAGAUAGAGCCAACUGGGUCAGGUUAGUCUGUGCUUGACCCCUCCUGUUCAUUGCCUGGGCCAUGGUUAGUCCAUCUGCGGCUGACUUGAUGUCAUACUGUCAUAAAUCCACUUUUUGGAUUAGGAGCAAGUUCUCAUAAAAUCAAAAAAAAACAUACAAAAUGAAACAUUGGGUUUGGGUUCAGAAUUGUGGGGUUGGAGUUGAAUUUCGGAUUUACACCUGUGCUGGCCUCAAUCUUGGGUUUGAGGUUUAUAUUAAAUGAAAACUUUGUGUUAAAUCCUCGGAGGUGGCAUCCCCGGGAUCAAUCCUUCUGAUGUCAAUGAUCGUGGGAUUCCUCCCCUUCCCUCUCUGAAGUUGGGAUCCCUGGGGCUUGCCCCUCCCCCUUCCAAGGUCAGUGACACAUCUCCUCCUCUGAGGUCAGUAAUCCAGCAACUCAUUGCCCCCUCCCCGGUGAUAUCAGGGUGGCCCCUCCCCCCCUGAGGUCAGUGAUCCUGGGUUUCUCCUGGUCCCAGUUCCUGCACUCUGGCCAGGAGACCCAAGUGCUCCCCUCCUUCCUGCCCACCUUGCUGAUGCCAUCCCCAGCGCUUUCCUUCCCCACCCCUGACUACUCUCCCCUAUUUCCGCACUCCCCCCCCCCCCCCCCCCUUUUGCUACGCUGCUCCAAGUGUAGAUUCAAAGUGACGGGGAAGGGGUGAAGUGUGUGGAAUCGGGGAGUAUCCAUCGCAGUGGAAAUGAGGGAAGAGGGAGCCCCUCACACUGACCCCAGGAGCAGGGAACCCACUGUUGGGUGAAUCUUAUCGCAGUGACUGCUGGGACCAGCCGUCUGUGGGAUAGGGUUGGGGUCCUGUUGGCCUAAUAGGCCCUUUCCUCCUAAAUAUUCCUGUUCGUUAUGCUAUUUCCUCCCUGAAUAUUAUGUAUCUGUGUUAUACAGUGAUGCUGUUAAUAAUGCAGGACCCCAAAGACUCUAACAAAAUUAAACUGAAUUGAACGUGGACACAACUCUUACUCGCCAGAGGAGAGUCGGUAUUGCGAUUUUUUUUCGUAGUUGUAAAUGUUUAAUCUCUGUUCUGUCAUUUGUUUAAAAGUUUUUAUUUUGUAAAUAAACUGAACAAAAAUGCUCAGA